CAGCCAGGUCUUCGAGAGACAAACUGGCCUUUUCACCGCCAGUGGUCACGAACAGCAAGCUGUAUCAGAGGGUGACUUCGAUGAUCACUAUAAUAAACAAGGUCCAGUCCAAGCAUGAAUCUGUUCGAGUUGUUCAAGUGUUGCGUUUACCCCACAAAGUCACGCCGAUGAUUGCAUCAAGCAACAAUUAAUCAAGCCACCUUUCGCCGAGUUUGGAACUGCAUCACACUGCACUCACUGCACCAUCCUCCUGGUCACCGUUGUCACCAUCCGUCUCCUUACUACGUGACUGCUGUUCUUGCCUGCUGCUAGUAUUUAUAUUUCAUUCUCUCGCCUGAAUUCGUCUCUGCUUUACUGCAUAGCGUCUGGACCUCCCUGCUUGCUCUCAAAAUGGCUCUUCUUCAAGGCCGAGUUAAAAGUAUCUUGUCAGGCGACACUUUGGUCGUUGCCAACCAAAAAGGUGCCGAACGCACUCUGUCCCUAGCCUACAUCAGCGCCCCUCGAUUGAGACGCGAAGGCGACGAGCCAUUCGCAUUCCAGUCACGCGAGUUCCUCCGCGAACAGCUCCUAGGCAAGGUGGUGCAGUUUCAGAUCCUCUAUGCCAUCCCCACCACGAAACGAGAAUACGGCCGAGUCAAACUUCCCGAUGGCGGCGAAUUUCCCGACUUGGUCGUGCAGGAAGGUUGGGCGAAAGUGAGAGAGGAUGCCGGCCGCAAGGAAGACGACGAGAACACCCUGGCAUACCUCGACCAGCUGCGGUCGCUCGAAGCCGAGGCCAAGGCCAAAAACAAGGGACUGUGGGGCAAAGGCGGUCAGAUCGAGUCGUCCUCUGAAGUCUCGGACCCCAAUGCCCUUGUGGAACAGUACAAGGGCAGGAAGGUCGAGGCCAUUGUGGAACGUGUCCUCACCGGCGACCGAUUGAUCGCUCGACUCAUGCUCACCCCGACAAAACAUGUUCAGACCAUGGUUGUCCUGGCGGGCGUGCGAGCGCCGGCCACGAAAAGAACAUCGCCAGAAGGCAAAGAGAUCCCAGCAGAGCCCUACGGCGCGGAAGCACAUGCGUUUGUGGACGAGAGAUUACACCAGCGGAAAGUCUUGGUCGAACUACUGGGAGUAACGCCGCAGAACCAGCUCAUCGCCCAUGUCCUCCAUCCCAAAGGAAACAUUGCCAAAUUCCUGCUGGAAGCUGGCCUGGCCCGAUGCAACGACCAACAUGUCACCUUGCUCGGAAAUGAGAUGGCGCAAUUCCGACAGGCAGAGAAUGCGGCGAAGACCGCGAAAAGAGGCCUCUUUACUGGUGUCUCGGCCACUAAGUCUGCUGGCGUACAGGAUGCCGACUUCAUCGUGUCCCGUAUUCUGAACGCUGAGACCAUCUUCAUUCGCCCACGGUCGGGCGACGAACGCAAGGUCACCCUUUCCAGUAUCCGUCAACCCAAGCCAUCCGACCCCAAGCAAGCUCCUUUUGGUGCUGAUGCAAAGGAGUUUCUGAGGAAGCGGUUGAUCGGAAAACAUGUCAAGGUGUCAAUCGAUGGGAAACGGCCUGCAUCCGAAGGCUUUGAAGAGCGCGAAGUGGCUACAGUGACGGUCAAUGGAAAGAACGUUGCAUUGGCUCUGGUGGAAGCCGGCUAUGCCUCGGUCAUCCGACAUCGACGCGACGACGACGAUCGUUCGCCUGACUACGACGCCCUGCUCCUGGCUGAAGAGACAGCUCAAAAGGAAGAGAAGGGCAUGUGGUCGCCAAAACCGCCGGCGACGAAACAUUAUCAAGACUACUCCGAGAGCUUGCAGAAAGCUAAGAUGGAAGCGUCGGUCCUGCAACGGCAGAAGAAAGUUCCAGCCAUUGUUGACUUCGUCCGGACUGGGUCCAGAUUCGUCCUUUUGGUACCUCGCGACAAUGCUAAGCUCACCUUCGUUCUUUCGGGUGUCCGGACCCCCAAGCCUGCCCGACAACCGGGAGACACGGCCGAACCGUUUGGGCAGGAAGCAUACGAAUUCGCUUACCGACGGUGCAUGCAACGAGACGUAGAAAUUGACGUUGAAAACACUGACAAGGUUGGCGGAUUCAUUGGAACCAUGUAUGUUGGACGGGAGAAUUUCGCAAAGGCUUUGGUGGAGGAGGGUCUUGCAGAAGUGCACGCUUACUCUGCGGAGCAAAGUGGGCAUGCCAAUGAACUGUUUGCCGCCGAGCAAAAGGCCAAAGAAGCCCGCAAAGGCAUGUGGCACGAUUGGGAUCCCAGCAAGGACCAGGAUGAAGAAGCAGAGGUCCCUGCUGCCAACGGCGCGAACGGCACCAAUGGUGAGACCGCCGAAACCACGUCGAGACGGAAAGACUACCGUGAUGUGGUCGUGACCAACGUGGACGAGGCUGGCAAGCUCAAGAUCCAACAGGUCGGGCCGGGUACGGCAGCGUUGACGGAAUUGAUGGGCGCAUUCAAGUCGUUCCAUCUCAACAAAGCAAACGAGCAACCUCUCCCAGGACCUCCCAAGGUCGGCGAUAUCGUUGCGGCGCAAUUCACCGCAGACAAUGAGUGGUACCGUGCCCGCGUACGGAGGGUGGACCGCGAAGGGAAGAAAGUGGACGUAACUUAUCUCGACUAUGGCAAUUCCGAGACCCUGCCUUGGUCUCGAUUGCGCCCAUUGACCCAGCCGCAGUUCUCGACGCAAAAGUUGAAGCCUCAAGCAACCGAUGCGGUGCUGUCCUUCCUGCAACUGCCUCCAUCACCGCAGUAUCUGCGAGACGCCGUGGAGUUUAUCGCGGAGCAGACCGAAGAACGGCAGCUGGUGGCCAACGUGGACUAUGUGGCGCCAGAAGGAACUUUAUAUGUCACAUUGCUCGAUCCCAAGGUGUCGACCAAGAUCGACGAGAGCAUCAAUGCGGAAAUCGUGCGGGAGGGCUUGGCCAUGGUGCCGACCAAACUGAAGCCUUGGGAACGACAGGCCACCGAGACUCUGGCGCACCUUCGAGAGCUGCAGGACGAGGCGAAGAAGGAGCGUCGAGGCAUGUGGGAGUAUGGAGAUCUCACGGAAGAUUGAACGGAUCAUUCAGUACUCUGAUGGAUCUCUGAGACUCUACAACUCCAAUGUGCCCAAAAACCUAUCUCCAGAUGGACAGAUAAUCCCAUCGGCGGAACCCAACAUGUGCGGUCGAUGAUGUGUAGCGCCAUAUAAGAAAAGUAUUGCCUUACUUCAACUAUCAACCGUACGAGAGGGGUUUACUUCUGGAUUCGUCUGUCCCUAACAUCGACAAUGGGACGAGUCCGCUAUCUCCGUCCAGUGGAUUUGAUAAAAGUGUACUGCCAGUGUAGACGACCAUUUGCCGUGACAUAUGUCUGUGGACUGCCAGCUGCACUGAUAACUGUGUCGUACAGUGUAGAACAAUGCCGACUUUCCAGAAGGUCUGGACCGGUAGUACCGAACGAGGGCAAUCUCGAACUGUGGUGGAAAGGCUUUUCUCGUCGCUGUCACGGUCCGGCGAAAAAUGAACAUUAUUGCCCGUCGCGAGCCGAGUCGCCGAGUGUGAGUCCGAGUCCGAGAUGCUACGAGUAGUUCAAGUCGUCCCUGUGACGGUACGGACUAGCAAUAAAAUUAUUAGGUAGCCUGUGCACAAGAUGCAUAAAUUAUCGCAUCCGGCCACACAAGCCAUGUGCGUCAUAGAAAAAGAUCUAAUGCAGCUUAUGUAAG